UGAUCCCUUUGUUAACAGUUGCAUUCUGCUUCUACUGUGUCUUCUAAGUUUUCUCCAAGCUUGAACAAUGGCGAUUGAAAUUGCUUUUGGCAGGUUCGACGAUGCCUUCUGCCUCAAGGCCUUCAAGGCUUAUCUUGCCGAGUUCAUUUCCACCCUUUUAUUCGUCUUCGCUGGUGUUGGGUCCGCCAUAGCUUACGAUAAGCUGACGUCAAAUGCGGCUCUGGACCCCGCGGGACUGGUUGGAGUUGCAGUGGCCCACGCUCUUGCUCUCUUUGUGACCGUCUCCAUUGCGGCCAAUAUCUCUGGCGGUCACGUAAACCCCGCCGUCACAUUCGGGCUGGCCAUUGGCGGCCAGAUCACCAUCCUCCGCGGUAUUUUCUACUGGAUCGCUCAGCUUGCAGGCGCAAUUGUUGCCUGCCUGCUGCUCAAGUUCGUCACCGGUGGUCUGUCUAUCCCAAUCCACAGCGUGGCAGCCAGCAUGAGCUCGUUGGACGGAGUGGUAAUGGAGAUCAUCAUCACCUUCGCAUUGGUUUACACAGUGUACGCAACUGCUGCUGAUCCCAAGAAGGGAAACAUCGGGAUCGUUGCACCCAUUGCAAUUGGGUUUAUUGUGGGCGCAAACAUUUUGGCGGCUGGGCCAUUCUCUGGCGGCUCCAUGAAUCCUGCUCGCUCUUUCGGCCCUGCAGUGGUGAGCGGGGACUUCAAAGACAACUGGGUAUACUGGGUGGGUCCGCUCAUCGGAGGUGGGCUUGCAGGUCUUGUCUAUGGAGGUCUGUACAUUGAUCAUGAGGAACACAUUCCUCUGUCUCAGGAUUACUAAACGGGCAUCGUGGUGUUUCUGCUUCUGUCCUAAUUCGGCGCUUAACUGGGUAUUCUGCUGCUCUAUCAUUGUCUGUCACCGAAUAAGAGGUUUUUUUGUAAGUGUGUAAAUCAAAGUUGUUUUCCUUCUGCGGGUCUCUGCGGAGGAUCAAAACUUGUGAUCGUGUACGGGCUUAUUUUCAAUUCUGUUAAUGUGUAUGUACGAUUGUGAAUUAAAACGGAUCCGUUUCCUGUUUCA